CUCUGCUCUUUCUCUUCAUCAUCUGAACAGCAUUGAUUCAGACCUUCUCGGAACUUCGCGUGUCUUGUUAGUUUCAGCGAUAUCGACUUGACUGGAGUAGCUUGUGUGUUCGUGUUCCUGCCCCUGAACCACUUUUUUUUUUUUGUAAAACCACUCGGUCCCCAAAUCUACCCCUCAUCAUCUCGGUUCAUCCUCGAUGAGCGUCCAGGACAAAGAAUGGUCGGUUGAGAAUAACAGUUCGCCCGCUCAACAGGACGAACGUCAAUACCAUCAAUCCAUGCGACCUCACCCAAAUGGUUAUAUGCCGUCCUACGUUCAAGACCACCCUCACGCGAUAUCUUCACAUAACUUUAAUCACCCUCCACCGGAGCAUAGUCCUUACCUACCUCCCGGACCACCUGAGCAGUCUGAUGCCAUAAGACAACACCCAGGCUCUCAACCCUCAACGCCUCGGCCGGGUUCACCAUUGUCUCAAUCUCCAAAUCAUGAUCAACGUCCUUACUUUAGCCCUACUAAAACAUUUGGCAAUCUGUAUGCCACUGAUAGAACCACCGUUCUCACUCCAAGACUUUCCUCGAAAAUCGAUCGUGGAUUUUUCUUAGCUGACAACGAUUGGACAUGUUAUCGUCGCAACUACUUUCAAGUUAGUAGUGUAUUUGCUAUCGAUGGUCUCAGUCACAUUUACAACGAUCAUGAGUUGCCUUGCUUGGUCCAGAUCAAUGAUAACUUCUACCCUAUCAAACAUUUUAAUAUCGGGAUCAGCGCAAAGGUGUCCAACAGUGACAAAGUUAUCGAUCUUAUCCAGCAUACCCCAAAACGUGAUAAAGGUCCGCAGAUUACUCCGCCUUGUAGACCUAUCAAGCCAGGUGGCGAUCUGAGAUUGAGUUCGGUGGGCUCAGGUCUUAAUAUCAUCACUUAUGAGCGAGUUCAGUUCAAGACCGCAACAGCAAACAAUGGAAAACGCCGUGCAGCUCAGCAAUAUUAUGUCAUUGUUAUCGAUCUUUUUGCCUGUCUCACCAAUAACGAACAGAUUAAGGUUGCUUCCAGUCAAUCAGCCCAUCUUGUUGUUCGGGGACGUAGCCCUGGUCAUUAUGCAGACAGCACCGAUCGGUAUAACCCUAUGGUCGUCUCACCUUCAGGAAUGGAUGAUGAGGCCGGGCGAAAUGCCCAUUAUAGUCGAGAGCAUGCCAUGCCAUCACCGGCCGUUAUGCAACCACCUACUGGCGAUUAUGCUUCAGCACCUUAUUCUUAUCCUAAUUAUCACCCAUAUCCACCGCAACCAUAUAGUCCGAUGAUGAUCAACAGCCCUAAUGGCCCCAAUUCACAUUAUCCUCCUCAUCCACAUUAUGGCCCUCCCCAAAAUCCUUAUAUUGUACCUAGCAUUUCCGAUCCUUCAUCGUCAGAGUCGUCAUCGCCAGAUUUAUAUUCCGGUGAAUUUGCAGAGGGUGGUGGCGAGAAUGGUCAGCACAAGCUUGCACAUCCAUCGUACCAUCAUCACCCAUCUCAUCUUCCACCGCCCCAUGGAGUCAGUAUGCAUGGCGCCCCUCAGCAUGAGCAUGAAGCAUGGCAGAGAUCAAGAGGUUUGAAUGGAUAUCCGCAACCCAGUUCACCGCAUGAACAUGUUCAUCAUCCUACCGCUCAUCAUCCAGAGCCUUAUUAUGGCGGUCCUCCCCACUUACCUUCACCAUCUACGUCAGGGCCAUCAGCGUUUACACCUACUCGAUCUGAUGUGAAGAUUGAUUUAGGUCCGGCACCUAACCUACCCUCCAUUCAUCCUUCCCAUCCUAUGACACCCACUUAUCCUGGACAUAAUUACAAUGACUUUCAAUGGCAAGGCCAUCCAGGUCAGCAAGGUCCACAUGGCUACCAUCCUGAAAAUGAUCAAUAUCGACAUCAUGACGAUCGUAGACCAGAGUAUGGCCACACGGGUGAACAGCAGGCUGAGCCACGUAAACCUGAUACAUACAAUGGUGAUGGGCAAGAACCCAAUGAUAAGAAAUCAGACUUGCCUGACCAACAUCGUGCAAAUGAACUCGGGAAGAAUGUUAUGCACAUGAGGAUGGGUAGAAUGGAGGAAGCUGACAAUCUUUGAUGGAUCCCAGCACGGCCUGUAACAAAAUAACGAAGCCCUCAUCUUGCCAAAAGCUUUUUUUCUUUCUUCUAUUAAUCUUUGAAUUUUAUCUUCUUAUAUGUGUCUGCUUCUUGAAAAUGUUCCAUCCACUCCUUCUAUAACUCUCUCUGUUUGUUGUUUAUACUGUCGCGCUAUUUGGUUUUCCCAUUCCCCACAUCCUCCUUUUACCUACUUUACGCUACC